CUUUUUUAUCCCGGAUUUCCCUUUACAUGCAAUAUUUAAUUGAUUUUAUAGUGGUUACGAAAAUACGGUGAAAAAUGGACUCGUCUGCUACUAUUAUUGCAGCCCAAUUGCAUAAAUUAUGCGUUAGCUUAUCUUCUAAUCCAGAUGGUGCAUAUGAAUUGGCAGUUUCUUAUCUAUCUUCAACUGCAGAAAAAACACGUAGUAUUCAGGAUGAGAAGCUUCUUUGCCAGAAGAUACUCUCCCGCCUUGCAAGCAAGUCUGCUAAAGAUGCUGAUAAAUUCAAUGAGUGUUACGGCAAGCUCAAAAAGUCUUUUAUCCUAAAACAGAGAGUGUCCAUAUUGGCCUUGUUACUGGCUUUAUCAGAGGGCCUGAACCACAGUGAAUCUACACAGCAGCUCUUUCCAUUACCAAUGUUCUCUAUGACUAAACCAGGAACUAUGUUGUCAACAAACACUACAACUUGUUCAACGGGGACUACAUCCAGCUCAAGUAAGCAGACAUUUGGCACUGUGAGCUGGGGGAGUAACACUCAAAAGCAGCAGGGCUCAGAACAGAGCCUGCCUUCCAACAAUAGCAACUAUGCCAUGGCACUGCCUAUGCAAAACCUAGAAGGUCAAACCGAGAGCGCUUGCGUUCGUGACGCGGUGUUAGCAGCGACGGGCGUAAGGUCGCGCGGGGCUGGAUCUGGCCCGCGUCCAGCUCAGGCCAUGUAUGCACGUAUAGCCCAUCUUGGUGUACUCCACGACCGACUUAAGGAGUUCAUAGACCCAGCCUCUGGACUCAUGCCGCAAGGCUUGAUGGCUGAAGGAUUAGUAGCGUGCAUCAGAGAUGAAUUUACUGAAUAUUAUCGCAGCGUCGCUUUACUACAAGCUCAGGCUUGCGAUUCCGAGGGUGGUGCUGGUACAUUGCGGCGCGUCUGUGUAUGGGCUUUAGAACCACUCCAUCGUUUGACGUGGUUGGCCAAUAUCACCCAUGCUGCACAUCACAAAAAAGGUGGCGAAUUAGCCUCGUGCGUGCACCGGUUCGUACGACACGGUGACGAACGCGUGUCGACAUUAGCGCGACGGCUCCUUACAGCGCUCACAUACCCGUUACUACUUAUGUUGACACGUUGGCUUUUACAUGGUGAAAUUGAUGAUCCAUAUCAUGAAUUUUUCAUUGAGAGCAGGAGCGGUGUACCGAUAGAUCGUAUGUGGCACGACAAGUAUAGAGUUAGAGAAUGGAUGGUUCCGUCAUUUAUGUCGCGCGAGCAAGCUGCGCAGAUAUUAGCUACAGGCAAGAGUGUGGUGUUUAUGCGCGAGGCGUGCGCGGACGAAUUUGGUCCCGGCGAUCACGCGCAGCACCUCAACCAGCUGCUAAGACCACCCGUCGGCGAGACAGAAAACGCCGCGUGGUGGGAAUCGGAAGAGUUGUCAGCCGCUGUGGGCGCGGCACACUUAGCGGCGUCACAACGCUUGCUGUCAGCGUUGACUACGCAUCACCACCUACUAGAUCACCUGACAGCGCACCGUCGAUAUCUGCUGUUGGCGCAGGGCGAUUUCGUGCACCACCUCAUGACGCUGCUACAGGACGAAUUGAACAAACCUGCGUCCCAGCUGUACGUGCACAACCUGACGUGUACUCUGGAGGCGGCCGUGCGCGCCACCAAUGCGCAAUUUGAACCGCCACACGUCUUAGCGCGGUUGCACGUCAACCUGUAUCCUAACUGCGAUGGUCGCGAUGAUUGCGGAUGGGACGUAUUCGCCCUCCAAUAUCGAGUCGAUGGGCCACUAGGCACACUGUUCCCCGCUACAUGCGCUGCUCGCUACCGUGCGCUGUUCACACAACUGUGGCGCGUGAAGCGCAUAGAAUACUCGCUGCAUGAGGCUUGGCGUGAACAUAUAUUGCUACAGAAGAGACUCAAGUGUAUGCCAGAGGUAUGGGGAUUAAUGCGUCGUGUAUCCUGCCUCCGUGCCGAAGCUUUACGGCUGUGCGGCGCGCUGCAAGAGGCCAGCAGCGUAGGCGCAGAGGCCGCGUGGGACGAGUUGAUUACCGCCGCUACAGCCCGGCAGCAUCUUGACGCCUUACUAAGACUGCACCACCAGGCUCUCGACAAACACUCUAUACAUGCAAUGAUACAUCAUUCCACACAGGAGCUACAGUCAUAUUUGGGUAACGUGUUAAACGAGACUCUCAAUCUUCGCAACUUCGAGGCGAUGCUUCAUGCUGGUAUUAUUGCUGAGCUUGAGAGACGUGAAGAUAUUGAAGCAUUGAAAGCUGAACGAGUUUCCAAAGGAGAAUAUGGCUUUACAUCUGCCGAUGAAGCUCGUGAUAAAGAGAAGCGCAAAAUCUUCCUACAAUUUUUGGCUAGUCGAAAAGCAGACUUGAAUGUUUGGGCCCGAACAUACAGAAGUCACGUUACAACAUUAAUAUUGAAGCUGGCAUUGCAUCCAGAGGUAUCACUACAGACUCUGGCGUUCCGACUUGACUACAGUGAUUUCUACAAACGUGGCGACGCAAAACUGCACCAACCUCUUACUUAUCAGCACAAACGAAUGAGCGAAAUUGGAUUUGAUAUGGCCAAGAAAAAGAACUUAGAUGGUGCAAAGAAGAAGUGACAAUUCGUACACGCAAAACCGAAUUCCACAUACAUACGUUUCGGCUUCAUUUACGUUCGUGCGUCCUGUAUUCACUUCCACUUUACUAAUAAUAGGUGUUUGUUUGUUGUGGCUUUCCAUUUCAAAACACAUUUCUCGUUACAUUGUUAUCUU